UUAAUAUAGAAUUUUUUUAAGUUUAAAUGCUAAAUCAGUUAAAAGAUUACAACCCUUCAGCACCAUUUUAUUUUGACAUUAUAAUUAUAAUCCCCUCUGAUGUAUUUAAUAUCUUGUUCUCUACUAUUCUCUCUAUUUUGUUUCUGGAUGUUUCUUGGUUUAAAUGAAGUUAGGAGAGGAAGUGGAACCAUCUUCAGCGCUGUUGAAUAAAUCUGGAAACGGUAAUUAUGGAAACCUAUAAGUGCCCUAAAUGUUUCCAAAGCUAAAGCGCUAGGCUACUAAUUAGCUUCAGUAUUAGCUGUUAGCGGAUUGUUCCCACCACUGAUUUCAUUUGACUCUUUUGCAAUGGAAAUAUCAGAAACUGUUCAAACCAAAACUCAACAGUAAACAGAAAUGACCAAACGUCGGAUGAUGGGAGGUGAUUAUCUGGAAUGACCGCUGCGUGUUUGUCAGAGAUGAUGCAACUGAAACUUCAGAUCCAGUGGAUUCCAGAUAACAACCGGUGAACAUUGUACUUUGAACAGCAGCUUGUUCCAUGCAGGGAUUUGGCCUCACAGUCCUGCAGCCGCCGGCGGACCAGGUUUCUUCUUCCUCUGGUCUGGAGGACGUCCUCUGCCAUCAUGUCCACCUCCGUGCAGAUCGCGCCGGUCAUGGAGGAGACGUACGAUGGAGUCGGCCGCUGUAAGUGUGCCUUCUGGCUGGCGGUGGUCCAAGACGUUCUGGGCGUCCUGGUCAUCAUGGUGGGGGUGUUCAGCGGCCUGGUGAUCCACGACGUCUUCAUCUACGGCGGCGCCAUUGUCAUCUUCCUCAGCCUGAUCUGGUGGAUCUUCUGGUACUCGGGGAACAUCGACGUGCCGCCAGAGGAGCUGGAGGACGACGUGGGCCUGAUGAAGACCCGGGACAGGCGGCUCAGCCGGGCCGUCAGGCGGGUUUCCAACGGGAUCAGGAACUCCUUCAGGAAAAAGGCUCGGCCUGUGGAAGAGGGGCCCUCCGGGGGCCCCGGGCCCUCAGACUGCGGUACGGAUGUAACACUCUCCACCAUAUACGGCAGCUCUAAAGGCUCCUCCUCAAAACAACUUGUGAGAGAAACUCUGUCCAUAUGAAGAGUCAGAACCUGGAGCUGGAGUUUUAUUUUUGUCUGUAUUAACUGUUAUUUUUAUGUGUCUGUAAUCGUUAGUCAGCACAGAGAUGAUGAAUGAUGAUAAGACGUAAACUUUGACCACAACAGAGACUACUGGCUGUUUUUACUGCUGUAGCUCAUUUACAGAUGUCGGAGGAGUUGAAAAGAGUGAAGUGCUUCAUUUGAUCUGUUCAUUUAUCAUGGAAGCUGUAGAUGCUGCUGCUGCUGAAGCGAAAACUGACACACCUGAAGCAGGAAGCAGCUAUAAACAGCUGCUACUAGCUUUUACUGUCCAUAUGUUCCCUAUUUUCUGCAAAAAUACUAAAUUAUUGCUGGUAAUAUAUGUCAAAUCUAAAUUAACGAUGAAACAAACCCACACUGAACUUGUUUUGUAACUCGUAAAAUAUUUUUAGAAUUUUUGUGUGAAAUUAAAAGUUGUAAAAAUAUCACAUUUCCAUCUUGUUUAAAGUUUAAACCAUUAAGAAUUGAGUGUUUAGCUCCGCCCCCCAGUGUCAUCAAAGUGGGCGGAGCCUACAUACUCUGGGGGCGUGGCUGAGUGUGGGAUUCUUCAGCAACUUUUACUCAAAAAGCGGCAAGUCUAUUGUUUUUGUUUUUUCUGUUAUUAAGACUUUUAUGGUGACGUGAAGCACCGGAGGACGUGCAUCCAACAGAGCAUCUGUGCACAGAUGUUCUCCACCUGACUCCACCAAGAAGAAUCAGAGUAUUUCAGUUAUGCCACCAAUGAGAAAGAUGAAUCUGCAAAUAUAUAAUUGUAUUGUAUAAUUAUUUUCCAUGUAGAAAACCUCCCAAUGUGUUAAUCUGCCACACUAUAUCCUAAUAAAAUGCUUUGGAGGUGGUAUGUUAUCCUCAUGUGAGGAUUUAACAGCUGGUGGCUCGUUACAUUAUUUUAGAAAGCGAACGUGUUACUUUUUAUUUUAAAGAGGAACAAAAACCUGAAUCUGACAGUUUGUCAUGUUUUUAGUUUGUCAGGUUUUUAGGCCACAGGAAGCAAAUGGGGGAAAUGAUAGAAUUGGAUAAAGAAUGAAGAAAACAUUUUCAGACACCAAGAAGAAGAAU